UCAAUUCGCAUUGAAGAAACGCCGAAGAUUCAGCGGUAUUAUACAGCAGUGUCAUACAAUCUAUAUUCCUAAGCAAAAGUUUAGUUAAUAGUUGAAAUCUUACUUAAAAGCACCAGAGAUGUCAGAUCCAAUUAACUGGCUGCAAAGCACCAAGAAACUAUGCCAGGUUGUGAUUGAAAACCGUGAGCAACAAAUUCCAGUGCCUGUCAAGGAAGAAGUGACUGCCACUUACCCUGAACUCCAUGAGCUGAUGGAAUCCAUCCAAAUGCAUCACCUAGAAGAAGAUGAUGUUAUUUUAAUCAAAGGCCUACAGCAGUAUUCUGAGGCGGCAACCGAUGAGUUACAGAAUUCUUCAGAAGGAGUGAUGUGUCUCUCGCCCUCUCCCAGCCACAGUGGUAGCUCUGUGAUUUCCAGCCUCAGGAAAUAUGCUUUGGGAUUCCAGCAUGCAAUCCAUGCCAUCACCCGACGUUUUGCUGAUGUCAGUGUUGGGCGUACAGAAAAACCUGUGUGCAAUCCCACUGCUGAUGUUCCUCUUCCUGAUGUUAUUACCGCUCAAAGAAUAAACCUAUCCACUCCAGAUGCUGAAACUUCCCUUCAUGAUGUUCCAGCUGCUGCUGUUGAUAUUCCACCCCCUCUGACAUCAGAACAGCUGUGUCAACAGAAUUUAGUUCAAAGUACCUCUAGUUUUGUACAACCUGCAGCAUGUUAUCCUCCAGAGGGCAUUCAGUCAUCAUGUGUGGCAACUGAUGUGGAUGUGGGAACACCUUCCAAUCUUCUGCCCCCCACUGGAUCACAAUUCUUGGAAAAACUAUCCACUUUUGCUGAGUGGAUGUCGAAUGAGAUACUUAGUUCAGUAAACAAGGACAAUGUUCUUCAGGGGACCAAACCUGUUUCUUUGGAGGUGAAACAGCCAGAGGUCUGGACAUCCAGUGAAGACAAAUUUUCAUCAGAGACAUUUUCUCAUGAUACUAUCCCAAAUUCCCAUUUGAAUCAAACUUUUGCAGAUAUUGAAGUGUCUCUUAAAUCAUCGCAAGAUUAUUUAAGGUCAAGCAAACCAACAGAAUCGGAGAGGAACCUUGAAGUACUGGAACGUGGGAGUAGAAAUGCUGUUCCCUGUGGCAUAGGCUUCCUUGCAAGCAGAGAGGCUUCCAAUAUUAUUCGGGAUUCUUUCGAAGAGAUUGGGAUUGGAAGGGAAAAGCCUCUUGAUGACUAUAUUUUAAAGACGAUAAAUGCCAGCUCUUCAGGGGAAGCAUUUACUAUAGUGCUUCCUGUCAUGGAGAAUUAUGCACUGAGGCUGGCCCAGGAAGUAAUUUCUGAUGGCACCAGGAGAGCAAGCUUAGAAAGGAAGGUGAUAAAUAACAGUGCAGAGCCACUGGAAGAGAAAAGUAAGAAUUCACACCUUGGUCACUUGGAACCACAUCAGGGUAAACCCUUGGACCUUUCAGAGAUUCAGUUGUCACAAUCUGACACUGGUACACAUGAACUUAAUCAUCUUGCAAGAACCAUACUGAGGUCAUCGUCUGUUGGAGUAAGCCCAUUAUUAGGCAGCGAACAGGUUGAAAGUUUAACUAAAGCAGCACAACUGUCUUUUGAUGACUUGUCUUCAGAGAGGGAAAGGCAUUUAUCAGCAUCAGACAAAGAGAGAGCUGAUGAUCAGGACUAUGAGAAACUCAUGUAUGACAAACUUGGGCUCACCAAGAAGGCAUCAUUGGACUAUCCUGAUGCACCACCACCAACACCACUGAAGCCACAGCUUGUGGGCAGUCAGAGGAGUUUUACUAGGAAGCUCAAGGGAGGUUUGGCAAAAGAAUUCCUUCCUUCAACCCCUCCACCAACCCCAAAGGAAACUAUCAAUUUUUGCCUGCCUAAAGAAGGGCGAGAGGAAAAGGCUGAAUUUAUGAGAAAGCUGAUACGAUCGCUGUCUCAAGAGUUUAGCGGAAAAGAAGCUGCAGGGACUUCUGAGGUGCCAGAGGAUGAGAGGUUGCAGAACGUGUCACAUGAAUUUCCAGGUUCAGGAAGUGAACCAACAGAGAGGUUGUGCACAGAUGAGAAAAAGAUGCAGGACUACUUCAGUGACUUAGUGUCUGGCAUAGUCUUUUCAUCUGCACAAGUUAUUUGUGGUAUUGUAGGAGAGAGCAUUGAUCCUAAAGAACAUAAUGAGCAGAAGUGUCACGGUGUUGCAUUUAGCAAUGAUUGCCAGAUGAACAGCCAUACCAUGGAAAAACUGAACACGCGUCCUUCUGAUGUAGUCAUCCUGGAAACACAAAGGAUUCCAAGUGAAAACAAUGGAGAUAAACACAGAGUCUGUUUUCCAUUGAUAACGGAAAACAAAUUGUGGGAAUAUACUGACAGACUAACACAGGAAAUCAUUAGUUCUGUCAUCAAUUUUCUGAGUCAAAUUGAAUUACUUGAAUGUGGAGAACACAAAGUGGAGAGAAAAGAGAAUGGAAACAAAGAUUGUAGGCAUUCGUGUUACAUCAAGCAGCUAAAUUCCAUGUCUGGAGGCUUGGUAAAAAGAGUGGUGCAGUCUUCUCUCCAUCUGUUUAAAACUCAGUAUCAGUUGCAGCCAGCCGGAUAUGCCAGCACUGUGGGCUUAUCUCAGCAUGAUGUAGACACCGUGCCUACAGCAGAAGUACUUCAUAACAUGGAUCAUGCAGCCAGGGGUGUUGAGGAGAACGUUUUUCUCAUGUGUGACAAUGAAGAGCAGCAGUUUAUCAAACCAUCAUUAGAAACAAUGGAAUCUGGGGCAAACAGUCAAGCUGCAGCUCUGGACAGUGACCCUGUAUUUACUGGGGAGGAGCAAGCGGCAGGAACUCAAGGGUCGGCUUGUAGAAUUGGCAUCAGCAACAUUGCAAGCCCCCAUGAAGGAACAAAUGAUAAGAAUGACAGCUGUGCAAGUUCUUUCAGCAGUCCAUGCCCAUAUAGGCAGUCACUUGUGAAAGUGGAGGGUGAAGAACUCAUUGGAGAGAAUCUGAGUGGUUUUGUUCAGGCAGAAACAAAACUAAGCUUGUAUGAACAAAAGAAGGAAAAAUCAUCUCCAUUUAAAGAUCCAGAUGCAUUUCUAGACUUCAACUCGGAGUCCAUUAUUAACGAUGAAGAAAAAUCUUCCACCUUGGAAUUGACUAAUGUGAUAAUGGAGGAUCCAGACCACAAACAGCUAAACAAAACUUAUGCUGAAAGUUUAGCAGAAACUAUAUUGAAUUCUUCCUUGGCUGAUGUUUGUAGGCAUUGCAGUUCUGGACUAGAGGUGCCAACACAUUCUCGGAAAACUGAUGAAUUGCACAGAAAUGCUCUUUCCGUUUCCCACAGCUCAGGAGAAGAGAGUCUAGAGGUCCAACAGAAAAUACAGACAGAAGAAUUGUUUAAGGAAAGAAAAGAGCAUGUUCCCUUAAUUCUGAACACUAAAUUCCAAGGACUCAAUGUAAUUGAAUAUACAGGUGAUUCAUCAACAAAACAGCCACAAGAAAAUUCAAAUCAAUCCAUGGUUGCUUUAAAGCAGUGCAGUGAAGAAAACGAAGGCUCUGAAGAAAUGGAACACUGCAGCUUCUUGGCUGCAAAGCCAAUUGAACUUUUGCUGGUGAACUUUAACUCUGCAUCCACGACUGUUGAUGUUCAGGUACAAGCAAUGCUGCAAUGGGCUACAGCUUCUCAGCUCAAUGUCUCCAAGAUUCAUAUAAAGAAUUCAAGUGAGGACUUUGUACAGUUCCCCACUCUGUUGACACUAGCUGAAGAGGAAGAAUGGACAGUGGGAGACCUCCUCUGUGCUGUGCUGGCCUUCUGUGAAAGUAACCAAUCAAUAGCCAGUCCAACACUCUUCGACUACCUCCUUGAACCAUUUCAUUGUAUUGAGGCUGACAGUAAACCACACAGGACCUCUAGCUAAGGCUUGGUUUUAGUGAGAAAAUUAUGCACAAUCACCAUUCACAGUGUUUCUUCUAAAUUAGGAUGCAGUGUGCUUUCAACAUUCCUGAGGAUCAAUUUGCAUUUGGAAGGCAGAAAGAGGAAAUAAUCUGUGCCUUUCAUUCCCUCCCAAUCCUCUGACUAUCAUGUUCAACAUGCUAUACCAAAAGAAAGUAGGAUGUUUUUAUAAAGUUUUAAUUAUUACCGUGGAAUUAGUUUAGUUUUAUCUAUGUGAUCUGGUCCCAGAUCAAUUCUACCAAAUGCUAGUCUGUAGCAAGGGUCGAGGAGGUGCAACAGCAUGGCCUGCAUCAAUGUACUAUGUCGCCAUCCCAAAUCACCCACCCAAUCAUUUCCGCUGGCCUGUCACCUGAUCAUCUCCUCCCUUCCUCCCACCCCAAAUGAUUGAUUUUACCCCAUGAUCUUCUCUUUCCACCACCUCCACCUCAUCCACCUACCCCUCCCGCACCCCCACCACCAUGACCAGCUCUCCUCCAAACUGUUAGCCAACACACUUUCUCUCAGAUCUCCACCCUUUACAUUGGAAGGGCAUAGGACAUCAUAGAGGGAAUAACUUUGUCAACAAUUUCCCAUAAGCUUUUGUAUUCAUAUUGCUGGUGUCAUUGUUAUAUAGAAUUCAGGACAGAAAGAGACUAUUCAGUCAAUCAUGUCCAUGCUGGCUCCUGCAGGGGCAAUCCAUAGUUCUAUUCACCUGCUCCCCAUAGCCCUGUGACUAUUAUCUCUCACAUGCCUAUCCAGUUCCCUCUUAAAGGCACUGAUGAAUCUAGAACUCAAGCAGUGAGUUCUAGAUCCUAGCCUCUUUCUGAGUGCGGGAGAAAAAUAUUCUCCUGGUAUUUUUUGCUCAAAAUUUUAAAUCUUUGUCCUAUGAUAUUGAGAACGGCUUCACUUUGUUUACCAUGUCUAAGCCAGUCACGUUAUUGUGUGCCUGUGUCAAAUUUCCUCUCAACCCUCUGUGCUCCAAGAAGAGCAACUGCAAUUUUUCCAUGUCUAAUCUUUAAUCCUCAUCCCUGGAACCAUUCUACUGAGUAUUUUCUGCACUCUCUCUAGGACUUUCACAUCUUUUCUAAAGUGUGGAGAACAGAAUUGAACACUGUUUGUAGGCUAUCUCAUAUUCUGUGCAGGUUCAAAGUCUGUGCCUUUAUUUCUGAAACCUAGGAUCCAACAUACUCUACAAGCCACUACUUCCACAUGGAUUUCAAAGAUUUAUAAAUAUGUACACCCAAAUUCCCCUUCCUACACAUCCUUUAGAAUUUAAAAAAUUUUAGAAUAUCCAUUUUGCCAAUAUUGUUCCUCUUUGUUAUUUAUGCAACUUCAUCCCUUUCUGAAUUGAAUUCCAUCUGCCACUUGUUUGGCCAUUUACUCGCCCGUCUCUGUCUUCUUCCAGACUUUACUGCCCUCCUCACUGUUUACUGUUCUUCCAAGAUUUGAAUUGUCCUUAAGUUUGGUAUAUUUACUCUGCACCUGCAUGUUUAUUCAUUAACUUCUCAAGGAAAAGAGAGGGCCCGGUCCUGACUCCUGGAGAACACCACUAAACACAAUGAAUUAGUAGUCUAUCGCUUUUUUACUCUUGGCCACUUUGUUCCAGUUGUCAAUUAAUAUAAGAAUUUUCUGAUAGCUAUGGAUUUUGUUUAGUCUUUCUGAGAUCUGGCACAAUACAAUUGCAAGACGCCAUCUUCUGUUGGAUCUGAAAGUUUAAUACAAUGAUUGUGCCUUGGCAUUUAUCUUGAAAUGACCUUGUCCAAGUGACUGGUGAAUGUAUCAACUUUUGCAUUCACAACAUUUGAUUUUGGAAAUGCAUCAGUACAUCACUCAACAAAGCCCCCUCCAGUGAAUGAUGGACUGUUAAACUAAACCCUUCAGACCCUGAAUUGUGCUGAAUUAGUUUGCCACAUUAAUGGAAAUAAGAUAUUACAUUUAUUCAUUAACAUCUCAAGGAAAAGAGAGGGCCCGGUCCUAUUCUCGGUUUAUGCAGGAGCUAGAGUUCCUAUCUAUCUAUGACCCUCUCUGAAAAGCGUGAGCUCAUGAUCCCUGAGUGAAGACUAGUGUUUACUCCUGGUCAAUAGUACUAGUGUGCUGUAUUCUGUACUGUGCCAUUGAAGUCAAUGGGAUGAACUUCACGGGCAGAGUAUCAUGUGUUAAUACUAUAAUAUAGAUUUUUAGUGCGUGCCUGAGGAUGAAUUUCUCGGCAAAGAUCUUAAAUGCCUUUUAUCCUCUCACUCACAUAUGUUGUUAAUAUAUCUGGUAUUGUGCCUUGCUUGAUGUCAAAAUUUCAGCACAGGAUAAUGUUAAACAGGAAAAUCAGUUUGUCUUAUGGUGACUUUAUGUAAAUGGCAUCACUGAACAGGCAAGAUACUCUGGAUGUUUUGUAAGGUUUACCAUAACUUAGUGGAAGAAUGAAGUGUUUUGGAUGACAAUGAAAAUCCUCUGCUAAUGGACUUCUUCAGUGGUGACCAAAUAACAUACGAUGAAACUUUUAAGGAAUAUUCAUUUAAAGCUGUACACAUUUGAGUAUGCAGAAGAGCAGGGAUCUUAGACCAGAGGUUUUAAUUAAUGCUCUCAACUAUAUGUCAGCUUGUUCCAUGCUACAGUAACUGUGCUUGAGUGGGGUCCUCCUUUUCAGUCAAAUCUUCCCAACAUUAAAAGUUCUAAGCCAUUCAGUGAAGAGGCUGACAUGUUUCAGUGUUCUGAAUUAGUGCUUGUUUCAUCUCAGGCUAGAUAAUUUGAAUCCAGUCAGACCAAGCACAGACUUUUCUGGCUAGAUUUUAACAUUUGGUUGGGAGCUGGAUCCUCUACGACUAUCAGAAGGUUUUGUUUACUUUGGAUUUACUGGGUUUGUCAUGCAUAUUGCCACUCCUUAAUAAUAUUUGUUUUAGUUUAAGUAUUGCACAUGCAUUUCUGCUGUUAUGUUAAAACAGUGGGGGGAUGAACAUAAUCCAGUCAUUCUUUCCUUCUGUCUGAGAAAGUGCACUUUGUCUCAGAGAAAGAUGUUGCUUUAUCUUGUUGCAGAUUGGAGCUUCUAGUUGCUGAUUUCAGAUGGAUUGUAAAACAGAGCAGUAUUUUUUUCUACUUUUACCUUUGAAUACAAAAGAUUUUGCAAAACAAAAUAUGUUAAAGUUUUGAAAUCCAGUCCUGCAAUUUUCUAAUAAAAUGUAAAUUUUCUACAA